GUUAGGGCUCUCCUAUGUUCUUUAUCAAGCAUGGGAGUGAUCAACGAAGAAAUGCUCAUGCGACGAGCAGAGCACAACGAGGGGAUCCUUCACAGCCUUGAGGUACACACGGCCUUGAUCUGGAUUCUGUUCCAGCGACACGAUCUCCUCCUCUUGCAGGAGCUUGUGCUCCAAGAGGAAGGCAUCAUGGACAUCAACCGAAGCCUGGGAGCAUCUUGUCCCAACCUCAAGAUUCUCUAUCUUCCAAAUAAUCUCAUCUCCAGGCUAAGCAAUUUACACCGGCUAAAGCAGCUGCAAUACUUGAAUGUAGCUGUCAACAACAUUCUGAAGGUAGAAGGACUCGAGCAAUGCGAAUUCCUGGAAAAGCUGGAUAUGACUCUCAACUUUGUUGGGAAAAAGGAGCUCCCCUCUGUUGCAGCUCUGAGGGCCAACAUUCACCUCCGAGACUUGUUUCUCACUGGCAACCCGUGCCAAGAGGUCCCUGGUUAUCGAAGCUAUGUUAUUGCGACUCUUCCAUCCUUGAAGCGUUUAGAUGGUAUCGAGGUUCGACCAUCAGAAAAAAUUCGAUCCCAGCAAGAAUACCCCUUCGUAAAGGAUGUCUUUGGCAACGAAGACGAUGUAGUCGACUGUGACGCUUCUGCCGAAGAUGUGGACGAAAACGGUCACGUCGUUCGUGAAUAUACACCGGCUUCAAGAGUAGCGGAGUAUGUCGAGCUUGAGCAGAAAAAGAAAAAGGAUAGUGGAAAGGUAAACAAUCAGAAUCAGAGAAAGGUUCCAGAGCGCAGGACUGGAUUUGAUCCAUUACCAAUGGAAGGCCGUAUAUAUCAGAAGAACGAGGGCAACUGGAGUUUCAAGCUAGCAGAGAGUGAAUGUGGAACCAAGCUAGUGUUGGAUGUAGCUAUUGGUCGAUACAUGGAUACAUCCGCAAUGGACAUUGAUAUCCAGCCGCUGCUCGUGCGCGUGCUGAUCAAGGGCAAGCUUCUGCAGCUACGACUCCCGGAAGAGGUUAAGACUUCCGAGAGCAUCGCACAGCGGUCGAGAACGUCAGGUCAUUUGGUUGUGACUAUGCCCAAAGCCGUGGUAAAGAGACGACAUCAAAAGGACACAUACGUUGUGGAAGCUACCAAAGAGAAAAAAGUACGGCAGAAACCACACGUCAAGUUCUCAGAGAUCGAGAACAUUAUCACACCUCCAAGCAAGCCAGUGGAGGAUCCAAGUAGUGACGUCCCGGACCGUCCCCUUGCAAGGAUGCGACGCGAGGAAUCUGACGAAGUUCCACCCCUGGAAUAACAUCAGUGGCAAUUCCUCGGUGGUGGUAAGCUUUUCUUUCCUGUUAGUCGUAGGCUUUAGCUACUAGAGCUUUUGCAAUGGCAGGGGUUCUCGAAGAGCUUGCUGCGAGUGCGUGCCACCUAUGGCUCUGUGCUGUCGUAAUUUUACGAACAAGCUAAAGAAUUUGGCUACCUGGAGCACUCGGUCCAUAUUUCCAUACGGUGAUCGAGCGCAAUGAGUUGACAUAUUCUCAAAACCGCGAGGAGAGAAAAUCACUCGCUUUUGCUCGAUCAAGGGUGCGUGGAAGAGGGAGCAGUGACUUAACACCACAUUGCACAGGUGGAAAAGGAAAGAACAGAGGAGAUUAUUUUGCUCCGCUCUCGAGAAAGAUCAUUGAAGAGUCGAUGAGACGAAUAAAACAGUGUGAGUGUGGUCAUUAUCGUGGAAUAUACACGAGUCCCUUCA